AUGCACCCGGCGAAGAGAAGAAAGUUGCAUCAACCUUGCGGAUUCCAAAACAAGCCUUUUCGUUCACCGCUUCGCUCAGCUAACCCUCAACCUCAGCCAUCUGUUGAACAAGCUCAGAUUCACCUUCCGGCUGCGGGGCUUUCCUCCAGCCCUCACCAGUCGUCACCAGACAUCAAACCAGACAUUGUUCGAUUAUCUCUUCCACGCGCCUCCGGAUUACGUUCUUCUUCCCGACUAACAGCUGUUGACCCCGAGUCGCGAGAUCUCCAAAAGCAGCACACUGCAUUGUCCUUUCGCCUCAAUCAACUGCGCCAGUCUCUUGAAAUAGCAGAGGAAGCGCUUCAGAUCGAAGCAUCAAAGCAAGAUGAUGAAUUGCGUGCUCUGAUCGCCCGGUGGCGAACUGUUGCUCAAGAUGCUGCCGAAGAGCUCUUCGCUGAUGCCAAAGAGCGAAUUGACAGGAUGGGAGGCGUUGCCCACUGGCGUCGACAAUUGGAAGAGGACUCACGACUAUGGAAAGGUGAGCGUGAGAAGGAGGCCCUCAUUCGCAGAUAUGCAGGCAAUCUGAAGGACGAUCAGAAUCAAAGAGAGACGGAAGAACCUGACCAGGCAGAGCUUAUGAAUUAUCAGGAGGACGCCGAGCCCGAAGAGAAGUACUUUACCAUGGAGAUGAUGCUCAACCAGAUGAAUAUCAAUUUGCAAUCCGUCGGUUUUGAUAAGCACCAGGAACGAUGGAUAUGA